AUGCGUCAACGUGCUCUACGAAGUCGUCUUCCUUUCACUUUUACAUCUGAUAAAGAAACUGAUCAGGCUCUCAAGCCUUUCGAUGAGGCUCAGAAUAUUACUUCUCCAGGAGAUGUUCCCGACUCUACAAAUGUUUCGGAUGAUCCUCCUCCGAAUUUCACAUGUAAAGAAGCUCUUAAUCAUCCUAUUGAUGAUGAUCUCUCCAAUGAGGUCAUGUUUGAAGAUAACAACACAAAAAUUAUUGCUAUUUCGAUCCCUUCCUCUUUCAACUUUCUAUAUAAGCCCUCCUCCUCGAAACUAUUUUACAAUUUUGGUCUCUCUUUAUCCUCUGAGGAAUCCAAAGAAGAAGAAAAUACUGAAGUGAACAAGCAUUGCUCUCCUAAAGUUACCUUGGAAAGUGAUUAA